GGCAAAUGCUGAGAAAACUGUAAUUGUUUGUUAGGUACAUGGUAAACAUAUUUUAAACAGUACAAGGAAGACAUCUUGCACCAGUGAUGCCUUUAUUUUUAUUUUUUCACUCGGUUCAUGUUUUUUUGUCCAGCCUGAGGCCUCUGGAACUGAACAUUUUAGGCAACCCAAGGCCUAGUCGACUUCCACAUGGGCAUGAAGUGGGCGUGGUCGGCCAUGGACCAAUGAAAACCUCGCGAGCUCUCCGUGCAGACACUUUGACCUCGGCAGUCCACGUGUGGAAGUUUACAAUGGCUGCUGUAAAACCUGUCCUUUAUUCGUAUUACCGUAGCUCAUGUGCAUGGCGAGUCAGAAUUGCCCUUGCACUAAAGGGAAUAGACUAUGAGUAUGUUCCGGUACAUUUGGUCAAGGAUGGAGGACAGCAGCACAAGGAGGAUUACAAGACCAUGAACCCCAUGGCUCAGGUGCCCACCCUGCUCAUUGAUGGCCUCACCCUGACCCAGUCCAUUGCAAUAAUUGAAUAUUUGGAUGAGACCCGGCCAUCUCCACCUCUCUUGCCCUCUGACCCCAAGGACAAAGUCAAGGUGAGAAUGAUUGCAGAGACAAUAGCCUCAGGAAUUCAGCCAUUGCAGAACCUCGCUGUCCUCCUCCAGCUAGACGAGGACAAACGCCCAGCCUGGGGGAACCGCUGUAUUGACACAGGAUUCCAGGCUGUGGAGGCCAUGCUAUCUCAGACAGCAGAGAAGUACAGUUACGGAAAUUCCCUCACUGUUGCAGAUCUCUGCCUGGUUCCUCAAGUCUACAAUGCUAACAGGUUCAAAGUGGAUAUGUCCAAAUUUCCGACCAUUUCUCGUGUUCAUGAUGAACUGGCCAAACUGGAAGCAUUUAAGAAAGCUCAUCCUAGCCAGCAACCUGACUGUCCCGAUGACCAGAAGUGAAUUCUAGUAUUAUAUCAUGUAUGAAUUUGUAUUAAUCGGAGGACUUAUAAUUUCUGAACUGGUUGUGGUUGUAAUUCGUUUCUAGCAUACAGUGGUGUUUUCAGUGAAGGCUAUUACUACCUGGGAAUUGAACAAUUUAAUACAGCCUUGAACUCUAAACACAUCUUUAUGUUAUUUUACAGUCAAUAAGAACUCACAUUUAAGUUUUGGCAGAAUUUCUUGGACUGUAUUAUUGGACUGCAUUUGUCAUUUUGUAAAAGUAAUAAAAAGAAGACGUUUAUAACUAUACAGGAUUUGUACAUGUGUUAAAGGAACGUGAACAGUGCUUAUACCAUUAUUUCACCUCAUAUAAAUCCUACAAGAUUAGAACAAGGCUCAUUUCGUCUCCAUUCAUUUGGGUAAAUCAGAUAAAAGAUAAUUAACAUGUCAGACAGUUUAUAUCUAGUGAUAUGCAAAAUAUGUGUGCAUCUUGUUUAUGUUUUGAGUUUUACAGACUAGGUAUAGUUGAGUUAUACUUAUGUUGGUUUGCUAUGUUGGCUUACGUUAAAAGUGUUCUAAACUGAUCAGAUUUAUCUAGUCUUAUCCCAGAGUCUCAGUACCAGAAUGAGACCAGGAUUUGAUGCUGGGGCACUAACAAAUGUUGUGGGUGUUGUAAUAUUGGCAGGCCUCAGAACCCUUUACUCUUCAGGGAGAAAAAGUAUGGAUUAUAAGUUAUAACUCACAUUUCAUUUUCAAACUUGAGAUAAAUUUUAGCACUUAGUAUUUGCUGGCUAAGUAGUGAAAGGUGCGGGAACAGGUAUCCUUUAAUCAUAUUUGUGUAAGGAACUAAGAACAGAAGUACUCUCCUGACAUAAAGAAGAACUGUUUGCAAACAGUGUAACAGAAUGUAACUAAAGUAUUAAUAGAUGACUAUACCACCACAGCUGCUAAUCUAGAGAUUAGUAUGGUUCCCAUGCAUUGCAAGAGGUCCUGUGUUUAAAUUCAGUGAUCUGUGGUUGUCAGUAUUACAACCAUUAAAACUGAUUACCGUAAGUCUCCAACCUUUUCGCUUGUUUGCAAGGUGUUUAUUCAAGCAUAUUCCGAGAACAGUAUUCUACAUAGCCUGAUGAAGUUAUAUUUUUUGUGAAGUCUUGAAAUUUGCCUCACCCAACUAAUGUAGUUUUGUCUCUGGAAGCAAAUUAAAAAUUGCAUAAAUCUCACUGAAAGUUGUUCUUUCAUAUGCGAAAAGGUUGAGGAAUUAGGGUAGUGCUCUACCUGCUGGAGAUUAACUGUCAGAAACUGUUUUACCGUCACUAGACCCUAGACAUCAGAGGAAUGUAGGUUUUUGUAGAGGAAUGUAAGUUUUUCUUUGUUUUUUUUUUGUACGAGUCUCUCUCGGCUCAUUGAAGCUGUCACUAAACACUUUUGGAAUCUGAUGAUUCUAGGAUUUGUGUAUUAACCCAGCUUAUGAAAGCAGUGCCUGUUGAAAGGAUUUGUGACAUCAUCAUUGCCUAAUUUGUAUUCUUUCCCCUAUGGUUGGAUACUGUCAGUAUGGUUACCAUUAUUUCAAUCAUUCAAACUGAUAGUGUUAAAGGUUCUCUAAAUGUGUGAACUGGACUGGACCAGUGGGCAUGAUACAACCUUAAUAUUUUAGCUGUAUCAUAUCAUGUGUUUAGUAUGCAUACCCCACUUCUACAUCAUACUAUAAUUACUAUGAUUUAUUUAUUUAUUUAUUUGAUUGGUGUUUUACGCCGUACUCAAGAAUAUCUCAGUUAUACGACGGCGGCCAGCAUUAUGGUGGGAGGAAACCCACAACCAUCCACAGGUUGCUAACAGACCUUCCCACUUACGUCCGGAGAGGAAGCCAGCAUGAGCUGGACUUGAACUCACAGCAACCGCAUUGGUGAGAGGCUUCUGGGUCAUUAUGCUGUGCUAGCGCACUAACCGACUAAGCCACGGAGGCCCCCUAAUUAUUAUGAAUAAAUUGGUCUAAAAUGACAUUCUUUAGUUCUCUUAUUAUUGGGUUAGUGUCCGUAGCAGUAGAGGGAAGUAAAGGGGUGUUACAUUUGAUGAAGUUUUGAAAGUCUAUGGGGAGAAAAGAAAUUCUCUGUUACUAGGGCAUGAAGCCCUGGUGAGGAAUUUAUUUUUCACGUGCCUAUCAAAGAGCCAUUAGGUUUAUUAAUGGAUGGUAGCAGACUACCAUGAUGGAAAUG